GCAAACUUGUUCCUGUUCAACCACGUCGACAGACGCGUCUUCCACCACGCCAAGCCUCUCUCCGUCGAUCAAUCUCUACCAUGACUCUGCGGGUACUUGCGACUGCGUUUCUCACGUUUUCGACGUACUGAAGCCGACCCUGCGCGAACGCGUAUAUCCUCCCUCCCGGCCCGACGCAACAAUGGGGGCGACCCGAUCUGCGGCCGAGGCGAUGGAAAGCGCCAUGGCCACGCCCAUCGCGCAGCUCAACCCUGAUCUUCAGGACACCGAGUCGCGUGCCGUAGAUGGUGUCGUCACAAUCACCUGGCCAUACAGCGUGGUGACGAGGUCUAUUGCUCUCAUCAUCGCCGAGCAGGAUCCCUUGCGCCGGCGCGACAAGGGACAGUUGCGCGUCGAAUGCCAUGGGCCUGCGGGCAAAGCUCUCGCCGACUCGGGCAUCGGAGGCGGCGACAAUAUACGACUCAGCUUGGUUGGUGCCGAAUGGGACGUCGCACAUGCCAAGACGCACCUGCCAGCGGGCUCCCAAGACUGGCAGCUCAAAUUCACCAAGCGUCUAUUGUUGCGCGCGCGCAAGACCGAGUCCCAAGAACCCGUCGAGAUCGACAUCGACGCGCCGGUCGUGGAGGAAGUCCAAGCACAACCAAGCGAUGUCCCAGCGCGCGACGUGACACCCCCUCCGCCCGAGCCUUUACAGCAUGACCUAGCUGCGACCCCAGUCGCCAGACCAGCCACCGUCCCUGCAAAGCGAUUGGCCUCUUCUAUGCUCGAACCGGACGAAUUUACCUCUCCAGCAUUCCUUAAGCGUGCGAGAGUAUCGUACGGGUCGCUUUUCGAAGACGGUUUCGACUUAUUCGCAGAGGACAAAGUCAACAAGCCAAAGGCCAAACGCAAGUCCCGGUUCAGCAUGGGCCAAACUGCUUGGAAAUACAGCAGCCGGUCUCCAAGCCCUGAGCCUGAGCCUGAGCCUGAGUUAGAGGAACCAGCCAACCAUCCCAACGAAUCUACUGACGGGUCAACGGAAGACCAAGGAAAAUCGCAAACGAAAUGGGCAUCUUCAAACUCGGCCUCGCCGCGCCGGCCGCCAAUGGUUGACGAGGGCUGCCAGACGCAGGAUCUCUAUUUUAGCCCGUCAAUGCAUGUCCAGGUCUCGGCUGAGCCUCGUCAUUCACAUGACACGACCACGCUGGCGUAUCCAGAAGCCCGACACGACCAUGUCCACACUACUCCCUACACCCCGUCGAGAAACCUCUUCGGCCAAGGUUCAAGCCAAGUUCACAAUAUAUCAGGGGCUAUGCCUGGACCCCUGAUGGACUUUCAUGCACCGGAUCCUCAUCACCAUGACUAUGGCUUAAAUAUGGAGGUGCCUCACCACGGCGUCCUCGCGGAUGACCUAUUUGGUGAGCACUCGACGGAGCACACGAUUCCCGUUACGAGUGAUGCCGCUUUCGGUGGAAGCGUCUCCGCACUAAGUUAUCCCGAUCCCCCCUUUGGGGCUGACAACUACGCUCCUAUGCAUGGCAUUGAUCCGAAUUUACAUGCUCACGACACCGCGCCGGUCCAUACGCACGACGACGUGGCUCAACAAGACAACGUAACGUGGCAGAACGAUUCUCUGACCACACAAUUCUCCUCUCAACCUAUUUCAGGUGCCAGGCACUAUGGGAUCGUGACUUCAGACAGCUCUCCCUCAGUACAACAGGAAGCCUUCCUCAGAGAGCGCGGUUCUUCUGCCGAUACUUCAAUACCGGACCGACAACGGCCCAUCGGUCAGGGUCAGAGCAAGUCGCCUGAACAAUCAGGGACAGCGGCUGGCGCGUCCGACAGUUUCAGCCGAGAUGGUACUGAUCCAGAACAUCGGGAUGGCGGCGAUUUGCCUGGCGAAGACUACGACUUGAGGAACUAUGAUCGGGCAAGGGAUGAUGACGAGUCUGUAUCGGAGUCGGAAGAGGGGACUUCGGAAUCCAAUCAAGCUGAUCCGGACAAAGCAGCGAUCGACUUUAGUGAGGAGGAGGAGGAAGACGAGGAGGAGGAGGAGGCCGAAGAAGAUGAGGAAGAGGACGAAGAGAUACCCCACCAACAUCCUGGUACGGCCGAGGAAGGCACCUGGAACUUUGGUCGUCGGCCCGCUGCCACAACGCAGACGGGUUACGAGGCCGAACAGGACAGCGAAGCAGAAUCCGAUAGCGACGUCGGGCAGGAGUACUACGGGGGUCGCGAGUUCCUGGACGAAGAUGAAGAAGACUAUGAUGACGACGAGGCCGAGUCGUCUUAUGAUGAAGAAGAGGAGGCCCCGCCGCCACCUGCACCCGCCGCCCCGGCAGAACCAGUCUUCAUCAGUCUACUCUCCGAUUCGGAGGAUGAGGACGAGGUGCCGCCAAGAAAUCCUUUACCGAGCGCCCAACAGCCACCAGCGCCUAAGCAGGAUGAUCAGGCUACGAAAGGGCCCUCGGUACCGUCGGCGAGCGGCAGUGACCGCGAGGCAAAUGUGAAGCAGGAACAUACAUCCAAUGUCCAAUCGAGUCCUGAGGAUGAACACAUGAGCGACAAAGACGCAGAAGAGGCGAGUGAGGACGCGGAAGAGGGCCCCGAGGGCGUGGACGACUCUCUUGAAAGCGUGGACGAAGAUGAGAGUAUUGACGAAGCUGAUAAUAGCUAUCCUUCCCAGCCGCCAGAACGAGCAAAAUCCUUCGAAGGCGAGAAAGACGCAGAUUAUGCAGAUGGUGCGCAUGUCAAAGAGGUACAGCAAACGCUUGUUGGCUCGCAGCUAGACGGCGUCCAUGAAGAUGUGCCAGUACCUGUGGUCAAGGGGAAAACAUUUUCCGGUGUCGUUCAUUCAAAGGCCGAAUCACAGCCCGAGCCACAGCGAGCAAACAUUCUGGAGGUUGAUACCGCUGCCAAGGUCGCGGCAGUGGUUCAACCAGCCGUGGUUAUACAACCAGACCAAACACAGGCUUCCGACAGUGGACAGGUGGACGAAAAUAUCAAAACCUUUCAGACACAGCUCGUGGGCGAUAAGGAGCCCGCAAAUGUGACAAGGGCGGAGCCCAGCGACGCGGCUACGGAACUACGGGAUGAUGCUAUGCCGGACGCGCCUCACGACGAGCCGAUCGAAACGCAGACCGAGGGGCGAACGCAAAGCACAGCUAUAGCGGCAGAAGAGGAAGGGGAGCCGAUUUCGUCGAACCACAAAGACGGCAAGAUAUCAUCGCAUGAAGCGCCGACAACAAGCGGGAUGACGUCCGUCGAGGAGCCUUUUGGGCAACUCACGAACCUCGUCGAGGCACAGCAUGCGGAGGAGCAACAGCCAAAGUCAGGGCUGGCGGAGCUGGAGAAGCAAAUUAACGAUGACGACGACGUGGCUGCUGAGGCGCAAAUCAUGAACGAAUACUACAGCUCUCAGUCCUCGAGUCGAAUUGGCUACGACCAAAGUGGCACCCACGGCGGUAGCCAGAUCCACGGCGAUGAGCCGCUCAUCACGGUUAGGUCCCUUCGGAGUCACUCGCAUCGCAAGACAUUGUCAGCGGACACGACAAGCGAUGCGCACGACGACCCCAGUGUCCGCUUAGCGACAGCUCACUCCGGCAUGUCGCAAUCGCCAGCGCAGGAGGCAGUCAGUCAAUUACCACCACCGACCGAAGCGCCCCUCAAUCCCAAAGAAGGCGAGCAGUCGGGCAAAGACGACGAGGCGGUGGUGUCUCCGCAGGGCAAGAAACAGAAAGAGCUCAAGACCCUGUCUGCGAGGCGCGCAACACGCAAUGAGGCCAAGCAGCCGAUUACUCAGGGCAGCUGCAACGCGUUGCCGCCCAGUGACGACGAGAAGCUCUCAUCACAUCUUACGCUGCGAGCGUCACGCAGUAAGAACACUCGGCCAGAUCCUAGUCUGCAACUGUCCAAAGCCUUGGCCGACGAUGGCGAUCGUCACGCUGAGGCUGACCGCCAGGCUGCCGUAGCACGCUCAGUUCGCGGCAUGCGCGGGCAGGCAGAGCCAGACGUGCAGCCGGCCAAGACGCCGCCUUCGUCCGGCCGGAGCACGCGGAGGCACGACACGCCAGAGACCACGAGAGAGCUGCGCAGCAGAUCCCACGUCGAGGCUCGGGCCAUCACGCCCGAAACGGCAUCAAACGCGGCCAUGCAGUCGCCAUCAGUCGCGGAAUCGGUGACAACGGAAACCGAGGAUGUAUCGGCGCUGAAGAAGGAGCUUCAAAGGCUGCUUCGGACAGGACUUCCCGACGCAUUGCCACUCCGGUCCCUGCGUACGUCGCUGAACAAGACUGUUGACAUUAUGGCGGUCUCUACGACGGCCCCUCCGCAGCCGCACCGGCCCAGACACGGCCCUCGCGACUACAUGCUGGAACUCAUCGUGACGGACCCGUCGACGGCACCGACAAGCGUCAGCGUAGCGCACGUGUUCCGACCGCACCUCGAGUACCUGCCGGUGGUGCACGCGGGUGACGUGGUACUCCUGCGGCGCAUGCAGGUCGUGUCGGUUAAGGGCCGUGGGUUCGGGGUUCGGGUGGGAGAUGCCUCGGCCUGGGCGGUGUUUGAGAAGGGCGACGAGGAACUGCUGCCGCAGAUCAAGGGACCCCCGGUUGAGAUCACGGACGGCGAGGUCGAAUACGCAAAGGGCUUGCGACGCUGGUGGGCGACGCUGGACGACAAGACGCGGGCCAAGAUCGAUAGGGCGACGCAGAAGGCGUCCCAGUCAUAGGGAGGGGAGAGUAUUCUAUCCCCUUUCUCUCUUAUGGAAUCGAUUGCGUUUGGGAGGGGUUACACAGGGGGUGGAGAGAUAUACCCGCCAUCGCAGUCUGGCGAUGGCCCAUGCGGCUUACGAGGCGUGAGCGAUGAUGCACUUUUUCGAUGUCCAUGUAGAGCAUCAAGCGCAGGCUAAGCAAGAUGGCAACCCGUAUCGGCGUAACGUAAUGUAAUCUCAAACAGUUGACUCCUG